UCGUCAACGCAUCAUGGCUUUUGCUUUUCUGGACAACGAAUAUUUGGGUUAGAUAAGGAUACAUAGCAUUCUUUUCAAAGUUUUCUAAAACUUGUUCAUACUUUUCCUUAGUAUUUUCGCAGUGAAUUUGUGCAUAUACGAGUUUCCGUAACAAUUCGGUCAUCAUGUCCGACUGGGAAACAGUCACAAUUCUGAGGAAGAAGCCUCCAAAACCCUCUCAGUUGAAAAGUGAACAGGCUGUGGCUCAAGCCAGACGCCAAGGUGUUCCAGUUGAGACUCAGCAGAAGUGGGGUGGAGGUCAGAACAAGCAACAUGCCACUGUAAAGAAUACGGCAAAACUAGACCGAGAAACUGAAGAAUUAAAGCAUGAUACAGUACCUCUCGAUGUGGGGAAACUUAUUCAGCAGGGUCGUCAGGCUAAAGGUUGGAGCCAAAAAGAUUUAGCUACGCGAAUCAAUGAAAAACCUCAAGUCAUUCAAGAAUAUGAAGCAGCCCGUGGUAUUCCAAACCAAACAGUCAUCAGUAAAAUUGAGAGAGCUCUAGGAAUGAAAUUACGAGGCAAGGAUCGUGGUAAACCAAUGGCGCCACCUGGAAAAAAGUGAUUUCUCAAAGGGUUACUUCAAAAUAUCUCUCAACAACAUACCCAACCUGUGACUUUACACCUUAUCUUUUCGUUCAAAAGGAAAUCCAUGCUCUCAUAUCCAUCCUCAAUCCGUGAAGUUUUUUUGAAUCAUUGAUCCCCUAACCCUCUUUCCCUCUAUUUGUAUUCUCUGGUAGGUUUCACUUCCUUCGAUGAAGCAUAAUGGAAUUACGAUUUUGGUGAAAGCUGUAACUGAAAUUUACUGUCGAAAGAAAUUCAGUAGUGUUUUUUUUUUUUCUUUGUGAAGGAUACAGAUUCUAAGUUACUUUUUUUGGUAAUGAUUUUUUUUCUUCUCCCUUUUUUAUGAAGGUUGACGAAAUUUCAUGAAAGAGCCCCUUAUUGAGUCUAAACCGACGAUCAAUUCACUUUUAAUAAACUUGAAACUUCGGCAGGCAUUUUUUACUGUGUUGAUGACAUCUCAUAAUUAUUUUUACUAUUAUUUUAUUCAAAGGAUAGGUAUGUAAGUAGUUAAUGUUGGAAAGAAACUGGUGAGAAAGGAAAGAGAGAGAAAAACUUGUUGUCUGCACCUAGGAACAGAAGCAUGUCAACACUUGCCAUUUGCUCCAGGCAAAUUUAAUAAUUUAAAAAAUGAAAGAUUUUUGCAGUAAACUCAAGAAUUCUCACACCCCUCAACACAUCCAGUAGUAAAUUUUACUGUCCUAAAUUAUGAAUGAAAUAUUAAUACUCAUUUGUUUUGUAUGUUAUUAGGUCAAGACUGGAGCAUGAUUUUUGCUCCUAUCGUAAAUUUUUCAGACUGCUUUGCUCAGUUCCAAGUCAAAAGCACAAAAGUUUACUGCCUCGCAAGAGAAACACGCUGUAUGAACAUUUGAAUGUUGCCAAAUUCCUCCUGAUAAAACAUUUAUUUUUGAUGAAAGUUAUGAAUUUUCUCCUUGAAAUUUUCAGAUACUCAAGCUGAAACUGCAAAUAAAAUUCUUGCCAAGGUUGGAAGGCAAAUAUUCCCAAGUUUCCUCAUAAAUUUGCAUUACACUGGGGGAAAUUUGGCAACGCCAAGUCCAUACAGUAUUUUUCUUUAGCACAGCAGUAUAGCCUCUACACAUUUGGUAAUUACAAUUAGUCUCACGAAUGAUGCUGCCAAACAACUUACAUACAUCUGAACAUUACAACCCCCCCCCCCCUCCCCACGUUUUCAUCAUUGAGUUUUAGAGCAUGUUUACGUGUACUUAUCAAAGAGCCUGAAUUUCUUUCGACGUACUAAGAAUAAAACCUUUAAUUCUAAGAAAAUAUUAAUGUGGAGGCCAGUCAUGUCCCACUUUUUCCUUUUUGUACUAUUCUCUUUGUUUAAUAUUUAUCUUUUUUAUUGAUAUAGUUUGUUUUCAUUUUGGUGUCAGAUAUUAGCAUGUUAGUGUAUGAUAAAACCCUAAAAUCCUUUUUUUCUGACUUUCAACGUCGAAGUCUCGUGCAUUUUCAUAUUUGAAGACAUUCACCAAAAUACCAGUCACGUAAUUAUUAUAUGAUUUAUAAAUAUUUUGCCAGUUAUUACUGUGUGUGGUCCUGGGCAAUUUCAGAGAGAGCCUAUCAGACUUUUUCCAUAAUAAACCUCAUCUAAUCUAUUUCUAAGGAAUAUUUUUAAGACCUCUGAAGUUUUGGAAAGUAAGAAAGAAAAACAAAUGUGCACAGCAAAUUUUUCUUGCGUUCAGACAAAAUCAAGUCUGCUGUCAAAACAACCACCACAAAGAAUCAUUUUAAAUAUUAAUAAGGUAUUCUUUUAUUUAUACUCUUUUAUCAUUUUGGAGACACGCAUAAGCAUAAAACGCAUAAGCAUUCAGACAGCCAAGAUAAGCUGGCUUUCAGCAUUGUUGUGAAAAUUUUCCUUAAUACUUUGUCUCUUCAAUUCAAUUUGUCUUUACACCGCAGAUUUAUGAAGAACCAUAUCAGCUGGGUCAUAUAUAUGUACUUCUCCAUCUCUCCAGUUAUUUCGUGAUUACUUUAAGUUUUUGUGUGAUAAGAAUAAUUUUAUUUUGUUGGACCACUGUGUUUUCAAUUUCUCAUUAAAUUAAAACUUGAUUGUAUGCAUUGGUCGGUUAAAA